CUCCAAUCUAAAGACUUCAAUUUUCUAACUCCUUUUUCUAUCUAUGACACACACACCUUGCAUGUAUAAUUGUAUUCUUCUCCAACCAACACCAAGUUUUAGCCAUUUCUGCAACUGAGUUUUCAUAACUCCCUUCUGCGAUUUUCUGCAAAGAAAACUUUGUUCUCUUUUUCUCUUCCUUUCUUUGCAUUCUUUUCUUCUUCUUUGGCUGAAUAGUCUUAAGAAGCUACAGGCAUAUGAACGCUAAGGAGGGAACUGUUUCAAAUGAUGUUAAUUUAGCAAGCCACUGUUCAAAUUCAAACCAAGCCAUAUUAAAAAGGUUUUUAGGAGAUUGACCGUUGGUUGUUAGUUCAGAUGGACAAUUCAUCCAACUUUGAUGAAAACUCUGAUGUGGGGUACCAACCUUCACAUUCUUCUGUGGACCAAAAUGACCACUCAAUCACUGAAACUGUUGGAUACUCCACAUUCAGUGGCGAAUCCUUUGCGUAUUGCAGGACUAACUCUGAGGUUUCUAACUUCUCUGAGCCUAUUGAUGACAAUAGCUUUGCAAGUGAACACUCACCUUCUCUAUGGACACCUGUGAAACAUGGAGCAAGCCAAGCUGUUCUUUCAAGGUUAGGAAUGAAGCAGCAGCACCGGCACUCAAUGGAUGAUAAAUCUGAGGACCUUGAUCUCUUGGAGUCAGAGCUUGAUAUGAUGAGGGAAAGAUUUUCAAAGCUUCUAUUGGGGGAAGACAUGUCUGGUGGUGGGAAAGGUGUUAGCACUGCAGUUACAAUAUCAAAUUCAAUCACCAACCUCUAUGCAACUGUUUUUGGGCAAAAUUUAAAGUUGGAGCCUCUUAAGCCUGAGAAGAAGGCCAUGUGGAAAAGAGAAAUGAAUUGUCUCUUAUCUGUGUGUGAUUACAUAGUAGAAUUUGCCCCAACUGCACAAUAUUUAGAAGAUGGUACAAUUGUGGAGAUGAUGACAAGUAGACCAAGGUCAGAUAUUUAUAUCAACCUCCCAGCUCUUCAAAAGCUUGACACAAUGCUUAUAGAAAUAUUGGACAGUUUCCAUGAUACUGAAUUUUGGUAUGCAGACCAAGGGAGCUUAUCAGGUAACUCAACACGGUCACGUGCAGGCUCAUUUCGAAGGAUUGUUCAGAGAAAAGAUGAGAAAUGGUGGCUUCCAGUUCCUUGUGUUCACCCUGGAGGCCUCUCUGAUAAGUCUACAAAACACUUGAACGAGAAAAGAGACUGUGCUAAUCAGAUUCAUAAAGCAGCUAUGGCCAUAAAUAGCAGUGUUCUUGCAGAGAUGGACAUCCCAGAAACAUAUAUGGCAAAUCUUCCCAAGAGUGGAAGAACAAGUCUGGGGGACACAAUUUACCGCUAUAUGUAUUCUGCAGACAAGUUCUCACCAGAUUAUCUUCUUGAUUGUCUCAAAAUAAGUUCUGAACAUGAAGCACUUGAGCUGGCAGACAAGGUUGAGUCUUCAAUGUUCACUUGGAGGAGAAAAGCUUGUCUGAGCCAUUCAAAAACAUCAUGGAACAAAGUUAAGGAUCUCAUGGCUGACACUGACCGAAGUGACAAAAACUACACCUUAGCUGAGAGAGCUGAAACCUUGUUGUUCUGCUUGAAGCAAAGAUAUCCUGAGCUCUCUCAAACAUCCUUGGACACAUGCAAGAUUCAAUAUAACAGGGAUGUAGGAAAAGCAAUAUUAGAGAGCUACUCAAGAGUGUUAGAAGGAUUAGCAUUCAACAUUGUAGCAUGGAUUGAAGAUGUUCUUCAUGCAGAUAAAUCAACGAGGAACCAAAAUGUAUAGAAACCAUAACUGGGUUGCACACUGAAGCCCCUUAACAAUGGUGUUCUUUCCAUUCAGCAAUUUUUUGUAUGCUAUAUGGCCUUAGGAGAAGUGAUGAUAGAAGUUAGUUGUUACUAGUUAACUGUGCUGCAGCAAGAGUUUUCACAUUCAGCUGAAGGAUCAAGC